GAGGAAGGUCCUGCUGAGAACAGGGAGGGACCUCCGGGGAAGCGAAACUGAAACUUAAUUCCGGGGUCGGCAGGGCGGGACGGAACGCGCCCUAGUCUCCUGCUGCUCAGACUCGGUCCCGAGCCCCGCGCGCCGUUCACGCGCCCACCGCCAUGGACUCCCGCCUCAGCCCGCCUUCCCCGCUCCUCGUGCGGGUAUCCGAAUGCUUCCCACGCGUGCGCCUCAAGUUGGAACUCUACUUCCAGAGUCGACAGUCUGGCGGCGGGGAGUGCACCGUUCGAGCAGUUGGCCUGGAGGCCCCGGACACUUUCCAAGUGAAGUUCUUAGAAAGGGCAGCUAAGGAGAGAGCAGUAGCCAAAAGGGAGCACCAGAUUACGGUUGACAACAAAACUGUGACGGUUUUCCUGGAAGCCAGUAAGACCCCAGGAGGAGGAGGCAGAGGGGCCUCAGAUUCUCCAUUGACAGAGUUGCAGGAGGAGGCACAGCUGGCAGAGAAGCAUCCACAGGAAGAUCCUGCGCACAGUACCAGAGGUGCCCAAGUGCCAAACAUCUUUCUUGAUGUGGUUGCUGAUCUGAACUGUAACCUCUUCUCCAAAGAGCAGAGAGCAUGCAUAGCUACGCAAUUCCCCAACGUCAAAAUAAUGCAGGGUCCAGAAGGAAUUGUGAAAGUGUGCGGUGACUUCCAAGAGAUUGAAAAGAUACAUCACUUCUUGAGUGAGCAGUUGCUGCAAAGGAAACCAUCUCCUCCAACAACGGAGAGGAAGUCCCAUGAGGAGCAGGACUGGAGCAGCCAUCUGGCUGCUUCCAAACCACACACCAGGUCUGGAGAAAGACACAACCGUUACGAAGUCCCCUUGCCUUUCUUUGAAUACUUCAAUUAUGUCUGUCCCCAGAAAAUAGACUGGAUAAAGAAAACAUUUGAUGUAGACAUCAGAACUGCACCAACUUCUCCAAAUACGGUCUAUUUAGACUUUGUCGCCAGUCCAACAGGUGAUUUGGAAAGGGCUCGUGAGUUCUAUGUCAGUGAAUUCCAGAAGAUCACAGAAUCUCUGACCCAAGCUCAUAUCUCUUUAGCUGACAACACACAGGCAAAUAAAAUGAAAAAGCAAUUGAGUAGUCAGUUUACAAAACUCCUUAUAAAACAGGAUGGAAGUCACUUAACUCUCCUUGGGACCCAGGGAGAUAUUGCAGAAGCCAAACAACAGAUCAGUGACCAACUCGACAAGGCAUCUCUGAAAAUAUUGACUUCCAGUGGCAUGGCAGAUGGAAUUGAAGUAGACACUCAUCACUGGCAGCUUUUAGAGAAUGAAUUAUUCCGUGAUUGUUCAGAGAUAGAGCAAAAGUACCACACUACCAUGCACGUUUUGCCGAAAGAUCAGAAAAUCUCCUUUCUCUUUAAGCCUAAGGAUAAGGAUGUGGAUCUCUCUGUGCAUGCAUAUGCAAGUUUCAUUGAUGCCUUUCAACGUGCCUCAAGCCAGCUGAUGAGAGAAGUUGUUUCCCUGACACCUUUGGACAAAGACAAGAAGCCCUUACUGGGCAUAAAGUUCACUGAUGACUUCAACAGAAUGCAUCCACAUGUGCACGUUGUGCUAAAUCAAGGGUCGAUCACUUUGACUGGGUUGCCAGUUAACCUUGCUGCAGCAAAGCAGUGUGUCUUACAGAGAUUAGGAGUCUCUCCGUCGGCCAGUGAGAAAGUGCAUGAGGAUCACAAAACACACAUGGGAAUUCAUAGUCAUUCCUCAGACCCAGCAUCUCCUCCAAUAAGAGACGCUGGGAGUUUUGAGGCCUCAGGAAAGGACAAGAAGGAAAAGGACCUCUGUGCCAUCUGCUUGGAGACCAUCAGAGACAAACAAGUGCUGUCCAAGUGCAAGCAUGCGUUCUGCGCCCCAUGUAUCAGCCAAGCCAUGGCCACUAGGCCGGUCUGUCCCAUGUGUCAGACUCACUAUGGGAUCCAGAAAGGGAAUCAACCAGAAGGAACCAUGACACACUCUGUAGUAAAGUUCUCACUUCCGGGUUAUGAGUCCUGUGGCACCAUUGUAAUUACGUACAGCAUCAAAGGAGGCAUACAAACAGAAGAGCACCCAAACCCAGGAAAGUCGUAUCUUGGAACACAGCGAAUUGCCUACCUACCCGAUAACAAGGAGGGAAGAGAGGUGUUGGAGCUGCUUCAAGUGGCCUUCAAACAAAAGCUGAUUUUCACAGUGGGCUUCUCCCGGGUAUUAGGGAAAUCAGAUGUUAUUACCUGGAAUGACAUUCACCACAAAACAUCCCAGACAGGAGGACCAGAAAACUAUGGCUACCCCGAUCCUCACUACCUGAAGCGUGUCAAGGAGGAGCUGAAAGCAAAAGGAAUUACCUCACCUGCUGGAAGAACGGCUUAGACCCGAGUUUUCGAAAGGCGACAUUUUCAGAUUGAGUUAGUGCUGAUAUGAUCAUUCUGUAGAAGCACCUGACAUCUUUCAUCUCAACAAGUGGUUCGUGCCAGAAUAAGACACUGAUGCUCUGUCAUUUCUGGUGGGUAAUUUUUUAUGGAAGACGUAAGUCCCACUGAGUGGUGUAAGCUGACGGCAGCAAGGUUGUGUCUCCCUUGUACGAUUGUUGGCAUUGGGGGACUCCAGUCACGUGUGUUGUUCAUUUGGGUGUUAACUCUCCUUGGGUACUGUUCUUGCUGCCAGCUCUGGGAUGCCCCAUUAGCUUUUCUCAAUCUCUGCCAGUGAAAGUGGAAUCCCAGUGUAACCGGAAAACAAACAAACAAACAAACAAACAAAAAACUGGCUUUGAGAAUUGAAGAUCCACUUUCUCUUCCUCCCUUACAAGGAAAGUGGCCAGGAGCAGAUUGGAGGUGCGGGGGAGAGGGGAGUUUGAUAAUAGUGGAGUAAGAUGAUCCGGAAUGACAAAGCCUGGUAUACAUUUGGUGCCUAUUACCUGUCUUGCCUGAUUCAAGCUGCUGGUCACCCAGCAGGGAGAGAGCCACUCCCCGAGCCUUUGGCAGAAG